AUGGUUCAAAUUGAGUUUGCAAAGGGUUCUAUUUGGCAUGGACUAUUACUUAUGCUCUCUUUGGUGAUUUAUGCAGAUGAGUUGAGGAAGUUGCCUGCAGUUGAGCUAUCCAGUCUUCCUUUAAUACUCAAGAAUUUAAACCUUCUGAGAAUGAGACAUGAUCCUACAUUGGAUAUUCAGCAUGCCUCUCACUGGGAUAAUUUACUUUUACAGGGAGGAAGAGGUGGGCAUUAUGACCGGAAACAUUGUUUGAGGGUCUAUUCGCUGGGAUAUCACAGUUUGUUGCAACAUAUUUUCGGUCAUGUUAUGGCUGCAAUUGGAGGAAACAGUGCUGGUCCAGGUAUUUUGGUGAGGAGACCUAGUGCUUACAACCCAUCCCGUGCUGCAACACUUGGUCCAAGCCAGCCCAAUCCAGUACUGAACCUGGCUGUUGUUGGGUUAAAGUCGCAGGAUCUACCAGGCCAGAGCUGGCAGGUGCCUACUGGACGCAGAGAUGGCAGGGUAUCAUUGGCCUCAGAUACCACCAAAUUGCCUGGCUUUGGAGACUCUAUUGAUGUUCAAAAGCAAAAGUUUGCAGAAAAGGGUCUCGACACCAAAGAUCACCUUGUUGCCCUCGUUGGUAAGAACUACUCCAUUGGAACAGCAGCAUGUCAACUCUUCAGAUACAGACUAUACAACCUUACUAGUACUACAAGCGAAAAUGGUGCUGAUCCUACCAUUGACCCAACUUUGCUGCGUCAACUCCGAGCUCUCUGCCCACAGAAUGGCACGGGAACAAGGCGUGUUGGUCUAGAUCCUGGUAGCCAAAACACAUUUGACUCGUCUUACUUCAACAACUCGAGGAAUGGCCGUGGAGUACUCGAGUCGGAUCAAAGGUUAUGGACUGAUUCCACCACAAAGACUUUUGUUCAGCGUUUCUUGCAGGGAGCGAAUCCCUUCAAUGUGGAGUUUGGAAGGUCCAUGGUGAAGAUGAGCAACGUUGAUGUUAAAACAGGUACCCAGGGUGAAAUUCACGAAAUAUGUUCUGCAAUUAACUAA